ACUUCUAACAUUGUUUAACACUAGACAGCAUAGGGAACACUUCCUUUCAAAAAUUUCAAACAACAAAAAACUAAACGAUGAAUAGUAUUAGUUGACUUCCUAUGUAGUUAUUUAAGGAAAACACAGAUGUUCAUGGUUGUUAGGUAUAUCUAAGGUUGUUGUUAUUCCUCCUUACCAGUCAGCGUUUUGAACUUCAUAAUGAUGGCAAAAUAUUUAGUUCCACUUUCAUUGCUAUUGGUUAUUUUGAUUCAGAAAAAGGCAUAUUGUACAGACUGUUCAUCGAUAAAAAACUGUUUAGAAAGAAAUGGGAACGAUAUCUCGAACUAUGAAUUUAAGUUUGAUACCUUACAUGAAAGCAAAAAUAUCUGGGGAGCUAUGUGCAGAAAUACCGAAAGUCUAACCAAGUGUCUUACACCAGCUAAAAGUGGAUGUUUGGAAUUAACCAUGCCAAACCUGAUGGUAUUUUCGUUGUCGUUUGGCAAGGCUACAUUUCAACAAAUUUGUGCAAAGAAAAACGGAAUGGCUUCUUUGACCCAUUGUAUGGCCACUACUCUGGCAGGACAAGUUCAAUAUUUACAGACGUGUUUGAAAGCAAACAACCCAAAUGAUAUCGUUAUAUCUCAAUGCGGAACAGUACAGGAAAAUUCGAUAACAAAAUGCAUAAAAGAUUACCUUGGUGGAAAAUGCAGUCAGGAAGCAGUAACAUUUCUCAAGUCUCCGCCAGGUGUUACCUGCUCAGCGACCAAUGUGAUUGGCCAGAUUGUUUUUGUUAUUUGUGUGCUUAUUAUAAAAAAUCUGGUUGCAUAAUAUUACAAACAUGAAGACAAACCAUUAUGUACUUUAAACUUACUAUAUUUC